AGAAGGUGCUUGUGUUGAUGUUCUGACGGGUUGUAUGAUUUCUUCUUAUUAUUGGAUGGGUUAUGGAAAUUUUGAAUGGCAGCUUGGAGCAGAUCCAGGUUCAUCUUUUAGAGCAGCAUGUUUGUGGAUGUUCAAAUAUAAACAUUUUUCAGUACUCAAUGGUUCUCUUUUGGCAGAACAACUUGAAAGAAGAUUUGUGGCUUUCAAGGUCGCUGUUCAUUGUUGGAGGACAGUUGCUUGUCUGCAUUGAGGACCUUGAGCAGUUUGGCCCCACUGAGCUUGCAUCUUCUAAUUAUUUUUCGCUGGAUUCAAGUUGUGCCAUUGUUAAUAUCUCAGAGAUGGUCAUUGAUACUCUGGAUGGCCUCUGCGUGACCCUGGCUCUCAAUUGUACAUCAGAGUUACGUCCUGUACAGAAAGAAUGCACUGUAAAGGAUGCUGCAGUUAUCAAGAAAGGGCCGGUUUCAGGUCCCGUAAUGUGGAAACUGAAGUGGUUCUCGGAAGGGAGUCUUUUCAAGUUUGUGGCAUUACUGAAGGCAAUCCAUGCUCAGGCAACUUCUUCUUCUUCACUAUUAGUAAAAUAUAUCUCGUGAUUGAAAAUGGGAUUAUCGUAUAUUUGAAAAUUAAAUUUCUUUGAUUCUUUUGGUGUGGGGUGUCUCCAUUUCCAGUUUCACAGUUUAUAUUAUCUGAUUUGUUGUAGAAAAUGUAUGGUGUACAGUGUAGUUGUCAAAUGAAAUGUGGAUAGUUUUCAGUUAUAUUGAAGUGUAAACACAGGAGAGAUUUUAGUAUUUUUCCUUGCAUGGCUUUAGUUUAGUGAAUGGAACAAUACUUGGUAUAUA